AUGAUGGCUACGUUGCUUUUAGCAUUGCCCCUGCUGUUUACGCCCGCGGAUGCCGCUUUGGGCACGCAGGUGGCCAGCUAUGACCACAAACGGAUGCUUCUCCUGAUCGCGGACUUCAAUGGCACUGCAGCCGAGCAGCUCCUCCUGGCGGCAGCCACGUGGGGCAAGCUGAGGGCCGACUACCCCAGGGAUGUGGCCAAAAUCGAGGACCUGGAGGAGACGCUGAACCAUGUGGUGUGCCGCAAGCAGAGCAACGUGACAGUUCGCCACCACCUGCAGGGCUACCUCAUUCGCGAGCAGAUCCGCGAGCAUCUGCAGACUCUGAACAGCUCUGAUCUCUUCCAGCAAGCCUUGCAAUCCGAGGAUCACGAGCUGGGCAAGUGGCAGCUGGCCAUAGGACAGCAUUCCCGGAGACUCCACUGUCUGCUCAAGCCAGGCCAACUGAGCAGGCUCAUAGAAGCAGUGAUUCGACGCGUCUACACCCUGGAGGGAUCCACCAGGCUGGCCGCGCUGCUCUACCAGCUGUACCUCGGCAACCGGGAGUCCUAUGCUUCAAUGGUCGAGGCCGAGUUGAUGCUCUACGAGCGCUAUAAGAGUGGCGGGAAAAAUAGCCUGGAGUUCGGCGGAUACGUGGCCAAACUCUGGCAGAGCAUCCAAAUGGAGGAGUUCUAUCCUGGGCUGGACCAGCACACAAAACAACGACUUGUGGACGCAGUCAUAGACCUGCUAAGAUUCCUAUAGGCACAACCCAUUGAGCCACAAUUAUAUGCGAUUAUACCAGUA